AUGCCAGAGGAUCCACUGGUUUAUGCAAAAACUGAUAAUAUUAAGGCUUGUGUAAAUCUACUCAAAGCCGUUCACUUUCGUGAUAUUGCUACCAUUUUUAUAUCGAAAAGUGGUAUAAAAGUUACUGUCGAAGAUGCGAAAUGUGUCCAAGGCAGUGCAUUUUUACAAUCAGAAAUGUUCCAGGAAUAUCGGAUCUUACAACCGAUAACUGCAUUCAAGAUUAAUCUAACUGUUUUACUGAAUUGCCUCUCUAUUUUCGGCAUUAACAACAACAAUUCGCUCACUUCGGUUAUACUUUCAUAUAAGGAACACGGCUGUACACUUGAUUUACUUAGCCUAGAAGAUAGUGGAGUAGUAGCAGAAUGCAACAUUAAGACAAUGGACGCUUUAGAAGUUCUGGAUUUUGACUUCGCCAAUAGUCAAAUUAUUAGCAAAGUGAUUCUCAAAUCAGAUUGUAUGCGGGAGACCUUUUCCGAGCUAGAUGCAACCAGUGAUAUCCUUGAGGUUGCCAUUGUUCCUACCACAUUACCGCAACCUCGGUUACGUCUCACGACGUAUGGAUUCUCGGGCACUACUCAUUACGACUUUCCACGUGACUCUGACCCAGUUGAGGUGUUUGAAUGUUCCAGCACGGAUCCUUAUGUUACUCGAUAUCGUCUUUCUCUUCUAAGACCCUCCACGAAUCGAGCAUUAGCUCUAUCUUCUCGUGUUUCUCUUCGGACGAAUGACCGAGGCUUCCUAUCCCUUCAGUACAUGAUCAAUUCAGGAAAUUCUGAAGCACCUGCUUCUUUUGUAGAGUUCUACUGUGUGCCGGAUGUUGAAGAGUCAGACGACUGCGCUCAGAGACGUUCGGAUACAAUGACAGAGCUCCAUUGCGAUUCCUUAUGA